UCCCUCCCCCGGCCGUAGCCUCCUCCGGUGGCAGCGGCGGUGCCCGCCGGCCCCAUGGCGGCGGAGCCCCAGCCCAAGGCGCUGACUCGCAAGCCCCUCCUGCUCAACAAAGUGGAGGGCUCGCAGGAGGUGGUGAACAUGGCAGCGAUAGUGCCCAAGGAGGACGGGGUCAUCAGCGUCUCCGAAGACAGAACAGUUCGUGUCUGGCUGAAGAGAGACAGUGGGCAGUACUGGCCCAGUAUAUACCAUGCAAUGCCAUCUCCAUGUUCAUGCAUGUCUUUUAACCCGGAAACCAGAAGGCUGUCCAUAGGUCUAGACAAUGGUACAAUCUCAGAGUUCAUUUUAUCAGAAGAUUACAACAAGAUGACACUAGUGAAAAGUUACCAGGCUCAUCAAAGCAGGGUCAUCAUGAUUCUGUUUGUCCUGGAGAUGGAGUGGGUGUUGAGCACCGGACAAGACAAACACUUCACGUGGCACUGUUCGGAGAGCGGCCAGCGCCUGGGGGGGUACCGCACCAGCGCAGGCGCCUGCGGCCUGCAAUUUGAUGUGGAAACCCGGCAUGUGUUUGUUGGUGACCAUUCUGGGCAAGUGACCAUCCUCAAACUAGAGCAAGAGUCCUGCAGCCUUGUUACCACAUUUAAGGGACACACAGGUGGUGUCACUGCUCUCUGCUGGGACCCAAUACAGCGAGUUUUAUUCUCAGGCAGUUCUGAUCAUUCCAUUAUAAUGUGGGAUAUUGGAGGAAGAAAAGGAACAGCCAUCGAGCUUCAAGGACAUAAUGAUAAAGUUCAGUCUCUCUCCUAUGCUCACCACACUCGGCAGCUCAUCUCCUGUGGUGCGGACGGGGGAAUCGUCGUCUGGAACAUGGAUGUUGAGAGGCAGGAGACGCCAGAGUGGCUGGAUAGUGACUCCUGUCAAAAAUGUGACCAGCCUUUCUUCUGGAACUUCAAGCAGAUGUGGGACAGUAAGAAAAUAGGCCUCAGGCAGCAUCACUGCCGGAAGUGCGGGAAAGCCGUGUGCGGGAAAUGCAGCUCCAAGCGCUCCUCCAUCCCGCUGAUGGGGUUCGAGUUCGAAGUGAGGGUCUGUGACAGCUGCCACGAGUCCAUAACGGAUGAGGAGCGGGCGCCUACAGCUACUUUCCACGACAGUAAGCACAACAUUGUUCAUGUACACUUUGAUGCCACCAGGGGAUGGCUGCUGACCUCGGGGACAGACAAGGUUAUUAAGUUGUGGGAUAUGACACCAGUAGUGUCUUGAUGUUACAUCAGUGGAACUUGAAAGGUGAUAUUUACAGAAGAAACGGAUUUCCUAACCCCAAUUAUACUGCAGAAGAUAGAUAACACUGGGCACAUAUGGCAGAUGAGAAAGGAACUAACGUGUUUACAACAACUUUAUGUCCUCUGCUUGAUCCAGGCUGAACAUUUGCACGAAGACUCUUUCCACUUCUCAAAAUAUACAAGAAGGUAUUUUUUUAACUAACGGUUUGUACGAUCUGACUUUGGUUGUCUUGAGUUUGUUUGGAAAAAUCUGUGUGCAGUGCAAUUUUUAGUUUUUAUAUUUCAGUAUGUCAAGAUACUUGCUGCUUUGUACAGAGGGUUCUUGGGUUGUGUCUUCCUCUGUGAGUUUUUGGUGUCAACAGACUGUGUAAGGCAAUUGGCUCUCCCUGCAGCCAGUACCUGUUGGUUUGGAAUAUUUCUGCUGACCAUGCUCUCUCCAGAGGAGGAAAUCCAGGCAUGGUCUCUGGGUGCAUCACCAAGGAGCUGAUGGACUAUUGCAAUUCCUUUAAGGGCUCUACCAUCUACUUGUCCUAGUGGGCAUCAUCCAGAGAGCAUUCAUUGGUCUGUAUAAUCUUCCUGCCUCUCCCUUUGCGGCACAAGUCGCAGAACCAGGUCAGGUUAUGCAGCAACUGAUUUCUACACAAAACUGAAAUUGUUUUCCAUCUCAGAGCAUUAUAAGGAGCACACAGACUUGUUUGAGUUUGAUGAUGCUGACAGUCUGAUUCAAAUGAAAUUAAUGGCAACAGGAACUUUUGGGAGUGCGUGCAUGGAGGGGGGCAGAUCUAAAACUGGUCUAGAUCUGAAAAGUCUGGUUUAUCUCUACCUCUACCUCUACCUUGCACAGCAACAUUUCAGCAUUUAUACCUGUCUGUGUUGUUGAAGAUGAAUUUUGUUCUUCCUGUUUUCCAUAUGGUUAGUCAUAUUUAUUUUUUUAAAUGCUGAUGGUUUUUAUUAAUUUUCUUUAUAGACCCAGAAGUGAUAUUGCUGAAUGAUGCCCAUUGUCCUGUUGUCAUACUUUACAGUUUCUCUUAAAAAUAAACAGUAUUUAAAA